AUGAGACGGAUUGGAAUGCUCUUGCGGACCCAUUACAACUUGUCAACAAUGGUGAAAGUGGGGUACAUUCUUGUCUUUGUCACUCUGUUGCUGAUGAUGUGGGCGUCCAUGGUCCGGAUGCACGAGCUGCCCGUACAGUAUCCGCCCUGUUUCUUCAAUCCCCUUUGCACCUGUUCGAAAGCCAUUCCUGAUCUCGGCAUAGUCACCUGUUACAAUGUCCCGAUGCCGCGGAUACCCCAGCCGAUUAAUUCCUCGAAGGUGUUCAUGCUCCAACUGGAGAACAAUGGCCUGAUGUUCUUGCAACCGCAGUUUCUCAUGAACACAGGUCUGUACAACCUACGGAUCAAGCAUAAUCCCCUGGCCGACAUCCCGGACGAAGCUUUCCUAGGGCUUGAGAGAUCGUUAUGGGAGCUCGAAUUACCCUACAAUCGCCUCGAGAGGGUACCCAGCCGGUCGUUCAGGCAUUUGCAGAAGUUGCAACUUCUCGAUCUGACAGGUAACAAAAUAUCGAAGAUAGCCGCGGACAAUUGGCGUGGUCUGGAGAAUUCUUUGCAGAAGCUACGUCUCGGUCGAAAUGCGAUCGAUCGACUUCCGGCCGACGCGUUCGCCGGGCUCACGUAUCUGGAUAUGCUCGAUCUACGGGAGAAUAAUUUGAAGGAGAUCGAUCCGUCGGUGUUCAGGGACGGCAUGGCUCAUCUGGUCCACCUUUAUCUGAACGGCAAUCAACUGACCCACAUCCCGUACGCACAGUUGUCGUCCCUGAAACGGAUGAAGAUCCUGGAUCUGAGUUACAACAGGAUAUCGAGGAUGCUGAACACGCUGCAGGAACCGGAAAUACGGGGACUUCAGAUGUCUCUGGACACAUUGCGGCUGGAUUACAAUCAUAUCGAGAUCCUAAUGCCCGGGGACUUCCAACACUUUUACAAAGUCAAUAAAACUUACCUCGACGGGAAUCCUUUAACUAUGAUCGAGGAAGGAACGUUCAGGGACUCGAAGAUACGAGAACUGUAUUUCGCCGACUGCGACCUAAUGGACGUGAGUUCGGUGAAUUUCGUCGGAUUGGAAUCGUCCUUGGAACUGCUUGAUCUCUCCGGGAACAAUAUCACCAACCUUCCGAGCCCCAUAUUUCAGGAAUACGAUUUCCUUCGGACUUUAAGCUUCCGUGAGAACAAGAUCCAGAACCUCUCGCCAGCCGAAGUGUUCAAUGGUUUCCAAUAUUCCCUUUACAAUCUGGACCUGAGCGGCAACGAGAACAGCCUGAUAUCCCUUCAGGAUCUACGACAAAUGCGUAACACGCGUUUCCUGUCGAUUUCACGGAUGCCACAGCAGACCCUGAUGGCGGAGAAUUUCAUGGAGUACGGGAUGGACAUCAAGGAACUGCGUAUCGUGCAAAGUAACGUAAACACCAUCAAGAAUCACGCUUUCAUGCACGUUCGCGGGAUCAAGUAUCUCGAUUUCUCAGAGAAUUCUAUUACCACGAUCGAGGACGAAGCCUUUUCCGAGGUGGGCCAUUCGCUUCUGACGCUAAGAAUGUCGCACGGCCUGUCGUCCUCUUUCACCGAAAUACCAAACAAAGCGUUCAAGUUCCUGACGAAUUUGCAACACCUUGACUUCAGCAACAACAAAAUCAAAUCCAUGCCGGACACCACGUUCCACUUCAUGAAGAGGAUCAAGCGUAUCGAGUUGCAGGACAACGAAAUCGACUUUAUCACGAAGGGAACGUUCCAGGGUGAUAUACAUUCGACCCUCGAGGAAGUGAAUUUCGCGUAUAAUAAGAUCAAGGGAAUCUAUACCCACACGUUUGCCGACCUGCCGAGAUUAACGGCGAUAAAUUUAGAGGACAACGCUAUAGAUCAAAUCGGGAGGCGGUCGUUUAUGAAUUUGAAGCUGUUGAAGUAUAUUAAUUUACGGGGCAACAAGCUAAAGGACAUCACCGACGAGGCGUUCCAGAAUCUUCCGGAUCUAGAGUUUCUGGAUCUCGCUUACAACGACUUGGGCGAGUUCGAUUUCGCCUCGUUCGAUCAAGUGGGAACACUGUCGUCGUUCAAAGUGAACGCCAGCCAUAACGAGAUCCCGAAAUUGUUUAUCAAUACCACCACGUUCACACCGCCGACGACCAUCGGCGGCGCGUUACAAUCGAACAUCAAGGUCCUCGAUCUCAGUUACAACAACAUCUCCGAUAUAAUGAAAUAUUACUUCAAGCCUGUGGAGUACUCAUUAACGCACCUGUACCUGUCUCACAACCAAUUGACCAACGUCACGCAGGGCAUCUUUGGGAACAUGCCGCACUUACAAUGGCUCGAUUUGUGUCACAACGAACUGAUGGAAAUUGAUUUCGACUCCUUCAGAAACACGAAAAAUCUACAGGUUUUGCUCCUGUCUUGGAACAACAUCAUGGACAUCCCAGCGGAAGCGCUCAGACCCUUGAGGAAACUAAGAAUUGUCGAUCUGUCCCACAACAAGCUGAGGUCACUUCCGGAAAAUAUGUUCUUCGACGCUAGUAUAGAGAGUCUGGACAUUUCUCAUAAUCAGUUCAUGAGGCUGCCCAUCAAGGCCAUGUCUAUCUCUUCCGCUUCCAGCUUGUCUAUACUGGACAUGUCUUGGAACACUCUGUCGGGAAUCCACACCACCGACGCCAUAUUCAGAUUACGAAGUCUAACGUGGUUGGAUCUGUCCUACAAUCGUUUAGUGAGGCUCGACGAUGGUGUGUUCUCCGACAUGCCCUAUAUGACUCAUCUCGACUUGAGUCACAAUAAACAGCUGCUCCUGGAGACGCGAGGAAGAACUUUCCACGGUUUAGAGGACUCUCUUCUUUAUCUCGAUUUGAGCAACAUUUCGCUCUUGAGUGUGCCAGAUUUGCCGUUACGACGACUGCAAACGUUGUAUUUGGCAAACAAUGAACUGGCAUCGAUACCACCGGAAAUGGCAUCGAACUUGACGUCCCUACACUAUUUAGACCUGAGCGCCAAUGAUCUCACGGUGGUGCCAUUGAUCACGCACACCCUACCGGAACUGAAAACCUUCAAUCUGGCGAACAAUCCCAUCACAGCUGUCACAAACACUAGCUUCCUGGGGAUAGCGGAUAGUCUCGAGGAGUUGGACAUACGACGGCUAGCAUUAUCGACUUUUGAAUCGGGAGCUCUUUGCAAAGCGACCAAACUCCGGAAGCUAUAUAUAACCGCUUACAACGGCGUGAAGAAUUUCAACUUCCCCAACAUCUUGGAGUAUAAUCACGGCCUACGGCAUCUAGUCAUCGACGUACAAAAUGACACGGACUUGGAGAAAGAGAUGAAAGGAAGGUUCCCUUACAAAUUGUUCAAUAUAACGUUAACGGGCCGUGCUCUGAAGAACAUACACCCGGACAUCUUACAUGGAAUAAGAAAUCCUCAUCUCCAUUUCGGAAUGUACAAUACCAGCGUGAGCAGCGUACCGAAGAAGGUGUUCGAGAACGCGGAACAUGUCAGAAACGUGACGGUUCAUCUUCAUCACAGCGAUGUGCGAACCCUUCAUAAUCCUUCAAAUGGAUUCAGACCGGGGGUUCCAGGGAAACGGUUUCUGUUGAGGCUCACGGUCAGGGGUAGCUACUUCACCUGCGACUGCGACAUUGGAUGGAUGGAGACAUGGCAGAGAAAGCACAGACAAUACCAGGAGGAUCGAUGCACCAGUUACAACGAAUUCAAGAACUUCGACCGUGACGAAGAGGACGACGAGUUCGAUUGCUGGAACAACGACUGGGACGAUGAUCUUCGGGAGUCAUUUUGCUUGAACAAAAACAACGUCUCGGUGCUAGAGGCAUUGAAAAGCGACCUCGAAUGCGGAUGGAGCGCGGGGACCUACGUCCACGGACUCCAUCACAUCGUUCUUAUUCUCUUUGCCAUUCUUACAGCAACGAUCUACUAA